AUGGGUCUGUGUUUUCAGUGUGAGACAGCACAGAGGCCCUGCCUUGGGAGCUGCACCUCGGUAAAAUUUACUGCCCAGACUGCCUACAAGAAGCUGAAGUCGAUUUACGAAAAGGCUUUGAACUUUAUCAAGAAAAGACGAAGAGAGUUCCCAGCAGAGCCUUAUUCGAGUCUCCUGGACCACGUGGAGAAGGAAGUCUUGAAUAAAGUGUUCAGUUUGAAAAAAGCAUCACCCUGUAAUUACACCUGCGGGAUUAAUAUGGAUGCCUAUUAUUUUGAUUGUCAGCACUGCAGGAUGAAAGGCUGUGAAGGUGUCUCCUUCAACUGCCCAAUUGAAGAUGUGACAGUGAAAGAGACAGGCCAGGUGUCUAUGAAAUGUCAGCCCGACUUUACUAUUCCCGUGAUUGACUCAGUCAUUUGGAUGUAUGCAUCUCACGUGAGGAGCGAUGUGAUUUCACAGUUUAAGGUUCUGCACGUUGGUAGCGAUGACUCUCUCAGCAUUCACAAUGUCAAAAUGAAAAACACAGGAACCUAUGCAUGUGAUGUCUUCAGGAAGAAGAUCCUGCUUCUACGACGAUUCUUUUACCUCCGAGUGACCUGGAGCACUCUGCAAAGCAGCCUUGACCUGCAGGAGAUGUUCCGGAGCGUUCUGCGGGAGAAGAAGACAACGUUGAAAACGCCCACGGCCAAACCGAUCCCACCUCCAAACAAACGCAUCGACAAACAGACAGAAUCCCAACUGAUUACCGCCAUCGCCCUGGGAACGAUACUCACCGUGUUGUCUGGAAUUGCUGUCUAUCGAUGGGCCACUCGCAUGAAAUGAGCCUCCUGACAGAUGGAUCCUGCGAAGGCUUUCAUGGCCAAACAGCCAGGAAACCCAGCGGCUGGACUAUGACUGGGGAUUUCACGCUUGUGUCAGGCAUACAUGAAAAUCAAUGAUUCAUGUAAAUGCGAGUUUAUAAAUUUCAAAUUAA